AUGAACAGCGACGCAGGACCGAACAUUGGCGCACAGGCACUGGCGGGUGUGCUCACUGUGCUUGCAGUACUGCUUGCUAUGCGCACUGCAUAUCGCACCAUCCGAAGUACUGUGUCGCUAACGCUGUGGUUGUUGAAAUGGGGCGUAGUGCUAUGGCUCGAGCAUGCAUUCCAGCUUGUCGACAGUGCAUUCUAUUCUUCGAUGACGCGCACGCAGAGAACAAACGAUGAGGCAUCGCUGCAUGAGCUCGCCUCGUCGCUAGGUCUCGAAGAUAUGCUCGAUUCUGUGCUUACAUUUCAAGACCCCGAAACAAAACCGAAGCGCGAAAAGAAACGGAACCCGUUUUGGAAAUAA